UCAGUGGGUUGUCAACAAAACAAAGCUACUUUCGAUUUCCCAUCAGCUGCUGUAAGCUUGCGCUUGCAUAGAGUAGUAUUUUGGAAUUUUAUCAAGAGAAGAUGGUGUGUUAGAUCACUCCUGUCGUUUGACACAUCUCGUAAAUAAGCCGUGGCCUCUUCCCAACACAAUGACGAUGUCUCGGCUAUCACUGUGUGCCCUGGUGUUGUCUUUGUGUUACGACAUGACCUUGGGGAAACCGCCGCACAUUGUGUUUAUUGUGGCGGAUGAUUUCGGCUGGAAUGACGUAGGUUUCAACAAUCCUGACAUCAUCUCCCCAAACAUCGAUGCGCUCGCAUUGAACGGCAUCAUUCUCAACCAGUCCUAUGUGCAGCCGGUGUGCUCGCCGUCACGGAGUGCUUUCAUGACUGGCUACUACCCCUUCAGGAUGGGCCUACAGCACAUGGUAAUCUGGGCCCAGGUCCCUGUGUGUGUUCCCCUCAACAAGACUUUUCUGCCAGAGGUCAUGAGGUCACACGGUUACGCUACACACGCCAUGGGAAAGUGGCAUCUGGGUAUGUGUAACUGGAAGUGCACUCCGACCUACCGCGGCUUCGACUCAUUUUUUGGAUACUACGGCAGUCGUGAGGACUACUACUCCAAGAUUAACAUGAAAUACUUUGACUUCCGUAACAACACAGAUGUGUUUCUGAAUGCAAAAGGAACUUAUUCCACAGUGCCCAAACACUACACAGAUCUUUACCCAAAUGUGACCAGUGAAGGAAGGCGUAUCUUCAGUGGUAUGGUGACAGCAAUGGACGACACAAUCGGAGCCCUAGUCCAGGCAUUGAAGGACAAGGAAAUGUACGAGGACACAGUUUUCUUCUUCACCUCUGACAAUGGCGGUUGGCCAGCCAGACAUGGGAACAAUUUCCCAUUACGGGGCAGCAAAAUCACCAUCUGGGAGGGCGGGACCAGAGUCCCGGCCUUCAUCCACAGUCAGAAAUUUGUCCAGAAAGGAGUUCGCUUCAACGGCUUGAUGCACGCCGUCGAUUGGUUUCCCACAAUACUGCAGGCUGCUGGGAUAGACUACCAUGAUUCGAACUGGGAUGGCCUGGGUCAAUGGCAGGCCAUCAGAUUGCUGUCAGCCUCACCUCGCUCAGAGUUUGUUUACAACUUGGACAAUUCCACUCACCCGACGCAGGGGCGCGCGGCCAUCAGAGUCGGAGACUUCAAACUUAUCGAGGGGUUUCCCGGCCCGUACAGCGACUGGUACCUACCAGGGCAGCAGGGUCAAGGUCAAAAUGAUGCUUCAUGCGCGACCUUCGACAGGGCCGAUGACCUUGGCUGCUGGCAGGACGGGCCAGAACAAAUGGGGAAGAACUGGACGCUGUUUAAAGGACUUUUUAACCUGAGGAAUGACCCGUACGAGCGUGAGAACCUGUACGAGGCGCGGCCGGAUAUCGUGAGCCAGCUGAGAGCUCGUAUGUCGUACCACUACGCACGGAUGGUACCGGCCAACUACCCGCCCGCUGACCCGCGCGGUGACCCGGCCAGGUGGGGUGGGGUCUGGUCUCCUGGAUGGUGCUGAGGGAAGGAGGAGGAGAGGAGAGGGAGAAAGAGAGGAGAGGGAGAAAGGGAGAGGGAGAAGGAAGUAGA